AGGAGGGAGGCAGUGAAAGAAGCAGGGAGGGAUAUAUGGAGAAGGAGGGCAGAGGGGUGAGAGACUGAGAGAAGCAUUUGGUAGGCACACUUAUUCACACAGUCACUUUCCCCUUGCUAGUGACUUUCACCACUGCAACCUUUUGCUGCCUACCAGGAUUCUUCCUUCUUCCCAUAAUGACCAACUCCCUCGGUCUGAGCGUCCAGCUCCUCCUGCUGCUGUCCCUAAGCUUCACCGCACGUGCUGAACCUCGCAGGACCACGACCCCUCAACGCAGAACGCCUCGUGCACCGCCCGCUAAGGUGCGCCUGGCAGGCAAUUUUGCGCGCGAGGCGCACGAAGGGCGCGUGGAGGUCCUGCACAAUGACGCCUGGGGGACCGUCUGUGAUGAUGAGGUGGACAUAAACCUGGCUAACGUGGUGUGCCGAGAACUGGGGUAUCGAGGAGCAGUAACCUGGGCUCACAGCGCCAAGUAUGGAGAAGGAACAGGUCCUAUUUGGAUGGAUAAUGUACGGUGUGAUGGCUCAGAGAAGUCUUUGAAGGACUGCAAACACAAUGGUUGGGGGGUAAAUGACUGUAAACACUCUGAAGACUUAGGGGUUGUGUGCACCCCCGAGCAUAGACUGGAGCAAUCUGCCAGCAGAAGUCACACUACACCUGUCCGGCCUUUUGGUAACACUGCUUCUCAGUGGGGUGGUAUUGUGGCAACACAGAGGCAUCCAGGCUACGGAUAUUAUGGAAAUGGUCAUCUGCAGGAGAUCCCAAGGUUCCACAGGCCACACCACUACCAGGGUCGCAGCAAAGUGCGGAUUGAGGAGGUCCGUCUGCGUCCGAUCCUUUCAGCUACAAAGAAGAAGAGAAUUAUUACAGAGGGUGUGGUGGAAGUGAAGCAUGCUGGGAGAUGGAGGCAAGUCUGUGACCUAGGUUGGAGUCUCAACAGCAGCCGAGUGGUGUGUGGGAUGCUUGGCUUUCCAGAAGCAAGUCAGCAUAGUGUCAAAACAUACAAGAAAAUAUGGGAUAACAAGGUUAAAGAUCCUUCAACAAGGCUAAGCCAAAUGGCAAAAAAGAAAGGAUUCUGGGUAGAGAAGGUGCACUGUCUGGGCACAGAAAACACUCUAUCAGAGUGCCACGCUCAGCUGUCAAUCCCCCGAAGUCCAACCCCAUGUAAAAAUGGCCAAUUUGCAGUGGCCAAGUGCAUACCAGGACCUCAGUUUGCUCGCAUCUCCUCAGGAAGACCCCAGGCUCCUUAUCCAGUGGUGCCUGUGCGUCUCAAGGCAGGUCCCAGGUUGGGUGAAGGCCGUGUAGAGGUUCUACGAAAUGGGAAAUGGGGGACAAUUGUUGAUCGCUUGUGGGACAGAACGGCGGCCAGUGUUGUGUGCAGAGAGCUUGGGUUUGGUACCGCCAAGGACGCCCUGCACGGAGCAUACAUGGGCCAAGGUACAGGACCUAUUCAUAUGAACAAUGUACAGUGUAUGGGGACAGAGCGCUCUAUACUGGACUGCUUCUUCCAGGAAGUUCAACCUUGGACAUUCAAACACACUCAGGAUGCUUCAGUACGCUGUAAUGUUCCCAAGACCGGUGCAGAGAAAACGGUGCGUCUAGCGGGUGGUAGAGCCUCUUCAGAAGGACGUGUAGAAGUUUUGAUGGAGGUCGGGGGACGUAAGCGUUGGGGCGCUGUCUGCAGUGAAAACUGGGGGAUCAAUGAAGCAAUGGUGGUGUGCAGACAGCUCGGCCUGGGUUUUGCUGCGAGUGCUCAUCAGGAGACUUGGUACUGGUCUGGUAAUGCAAACGCAAGUGAAGUGAUACUUAGUGGGACUCACUGUGUGGGAACAGAGUUUUCCAUCCAGCAAUGUCGUCGCAACAACCAUGUCCACUGCCCUCGGGGAGGAGGAGCCAAGGCUGCUGGGGUUAGAUGCUCAGAGACUGCUCCGGACCUUGUUGUAGAUGCCCAGUUAGUCCAGGAAACAACCUACUUAGAAGAUCGACCCCUCCACUUGCUAACUUGUGCUCAUGAAGAGAACUGUCUGUCAUCAUCUGCUGCCAGAAUGAACUGGCCUUAUGGCCACCGACGCCUCCUGCGCUUCUCUUCCCGUAUUAUGAACCUCGGUCGGUCCGACUUUAGACCCAAGGCAACUAAAGAAAGCUGGACAUGGCACCAGUGUCACAGGCACUACCACAGCAUCGAGGUGUUCACCCAUUACGACCUGCUGACGCUAAAUGGCACAAAGGUUGCAGAGGGACACAAAGCCAGCUUCUGUCUGGAGGACACAUACUGCCCUGAGGGGAUGCAGAAGAGGUUCUCCUGUUACAACAUGGGUGAUCAAGGCAUUUCUGUUGGCUGCUGGGACACCUAUCGCCAUGACAUUGACUGUCAGUGGGUUGAUGUGACAGAUGUACGACCAGGGGACUACAUUUUCCAGGUGGAAGUUAACCCCUCCUUGGAUAUGGCUGAGUCUGACUUUAUGAACAACGUCAUGAGAUGUCGAUGCAAAUAUGAUGGCCACAGAGCUUAUAUGUACAGCUGUCAUGCAGGGGAUGCUUACAGCGCAGAGACGGAAGACCUGUUUGAGCACCAAAGACAAAUCACCAACAAUUUUGUGUAGUUCAUUGCAGGGUCCAGACUAAAGGCUUUCUAGUGAAGCACAGAGACUAUUUAAAGUAGGCUAAAGUCGAAAGGCCCAGGCAUCUCAGGACGGUAGAACCCACAGUUAUAAUGAUACAGUGCCUGCUGGUGUCCUGGCAAAUCUGGGUAAAACAUUCUUGAAUAUAUGUGACACCAGCAACUAUCGCAUCAAGUCUUCUACUAACUAGAACAUUUAUUGGUUGCAGCAGAGGUGAAGUUGUAGCGUUGUCAGCAUCGUUUCUUGCUAUGUAAAGAAAAAAAGAUAAGAUAUAGAUUUCAGCUGUUCAGAAUUUAACCAAAGUACAAACAAUUAAUACUUAAAACAAACAUAGAUAAAAAGAAAAGGAAAACUGGUGUCAUUCCUAAACUGGAUAUAA